AACAUGGAGCUGCUGAGGAGGGCCAGGCAGCAUGUGGAGAAGGCCAUCAAGGAGAAGAAGAUCUUCUCGAUGCAGGGCCCCUACCCUGUCAUCCGUAAGCUGCUGCGCGCACGGGGCUGGGUAGAGAAGAAGUUCUCCAGCACCCCCACAGUAGAGAUCCCGGAGCCUCCUGAGGAAGAGGAAGAAGAGGAGGAGGAGGCCCAGUGGUACGAUGAGGACCCUGAUGGCAUCCAUGACAUGAUGUCCUCCGUGGUGCGGGACCAGACGCCGACCUUGAUCUGGGCCAGCCAUUCCAAUGCUGUGGACUACCGGCAGCUGCAGCGGGACCAGGUGGUGAACCACUUUGCUGGCAUCGGAGCCUUCACCACCAAGGAGGGACUGUGCGUCAACCUCCAAAACCUGCCGUGGUUCCACCGAGCCGAUCCCAGCACCUUUUUCCCGCGGUGCUACCGGCUGGGGGCUGAGGACGAGAGACAAGCCUUCAUCGAGGAUUUCCGCCUGACAGCAGCGCGCAGCCUGCUCAAACUGGCUGUGGAGAAGGCUGGGGACAUGCCAGGGGUGAUGGAGCGACCUGGCAAGGGGGACCCCGAUGCACCUAAAGCAGCGCACCCCCUGGGUCGCCAGCAGCCAUGCCCCUCAGCCCAUGCCACCCCCACAGGUCCAGCACCCCCAUCGCCCCCCAGCCUGCUGGAUGCCGCGCUGCAGGUCUGCAGGAUGCAGCUGGAUAGCCUGGAGCACCGCGACAUCGACCAGGAUUCCCCGAUGCUCCACGUCACCGAUGCUGACUGGGACUGCUUCCUGCGGGAGUAUUACCGCGUGGUGAACGAGCAGGCCAGGCUGGUGCCCAGCAUCCUGCAGCAGGAGCAGUGCAGGGCCCUGCUGCAGCAGCUGCAGGCACGGCUGCCCCAGCUCCACAUGGAGGGUGACCACAACCUAUGGAUCAUCAAGCCCGGAGCCAAGUCCCGCGGUAGAGGCAUCACCUGCUCGGCACGGCUGGAGGAAGUGCUGGAGGUGGUGGGGAAACGCGUGGCGCCCUCGAUGCAGGCAGGACAAUGGGUGGUGCAGAAAUACGUGGAGCGGCCGCUGCUUAUCUUGGGCACCAAAUUUGACCUGCGGCAAUGGUUCCUGGUGACCGACUGGAACCCGCUCACCGUCUGGUUCUACCGGGACAGCUAUGUGCGCUUCUGCUCCCGGCCCUUCUCCCUGCACCGCCUGCACUGGUCCCAGCACCUCUGCAAUGUUGCCAUCCAGAAGCAGUGGAGGCUGUCUGGGGGCCGGCACCCCAAACUGCCCCGUGACCUAAUCUGGUCCAGCCAGCAGUUCCAGCUGUACCUGCAGCAAGCGGGGCAUGUGGAGGCCUGGGAGAAGGUGAUUGUCCCCGGCAUGAAGGAGGCAGUGGUGGCUGCCCUGCACAGCGCCCAGGAACUGGUGGGGUCCCGCAAGGGCAGCUUUGAGCUCUAUGGAGCCGACUUCAUGUUUGGGGAAGAUUGCCAGCCCUGGCUGCUGGAGAUCAACACCAACCCGUCCAUGGAGCCCUGCUCGGCAGUCACCCGACGACUCUGCACUGCCGUCCAGCGCAACACACUGCAUGUGGUCCUGGACCACAAGAAGAACCCCCGCUGCUCCACCGGUGCCUUUGACCUUAUCUACAAAGAGGCAAUCGUGCCCGUGCCUCCCCGCCUGGGGCUGAAGCUGGUGGUGGAAGGCUACUUGCUAAUGAAGCCCCAGCUGCAAGAACAACAACCCCAGGCCAAACUCCCCACGUUCCAGCCUCUUGUCCGCCCGGUGGUGCCUAAGCCUCCGGUGGUGCCCAAGUCACCUCUGGCACCCAAGCCUUCUGCAGUGCCCAAGUCAUCCUCGGUGCCCAAGCCUCCUCUGUUCCCCAUGUCCCCUGUGCUGCCCAGGCCUCCUGUGGUGCCUAAGUCACCUACGGUGCCCAAGCCACCUUUCAUACCCAAGCCUCCAGCCGUGCCUAAGCCUCCUGUUAUGCCCAAGCACCCUAUGUUCCCUAAGCCGCCUCUGUUGCCCAUGCCCCCUGUGGUGCCCAGGCCUCCUGCAGUACCCAAGCCUCCAGCCGCGCCUAAGCCUCCUGUUAUGCCCAAGCACCCUAUGUUCCCUAAGCCGCCCCUGUUGCCCACGCCCCCGGUGGUGCCCAGGCCUCCUGCAGUGCCCAGACCUCCAGUGGUGCCCAAGCCUCGUGUGGUCUCCAAACCACUUAUGGACACCAAGCCUUCAGUGGUGCCUAAGCCUCCAGUGGUGUCCAAGCCUCAUGUGGUCUCCAAGCCACUUGUAGACACCAAUCCUCCAGUGGCACCCAAGCCUCCUGCAGUGCCUAAGUCCUCUGUUGUGGCCAAGCCGAGGCACAGAACAGCGCAGCUCCCACAGGCUGGAGUGGCACAGGUCAAGCCGGCUCCUCGUGGGCAAUUGCGCUCCUUCUCCUCCUCCGGCCCUGUCCGCCGGGCACCACCACAGCCAAACCGCCUGCUCUAG